AUGGGCCAACAGCGCCUGAUGGCGCACGCUCUGCAGCCGGCCUCUGUCCCAAUUGGCUCCGGUCUACCGCGUUGCCCCGCCGCCGUGCUUCGUGGCAUAAAGAUAAGACAUGAAGAGAAGGAUGAGAAACCUCCAUUUGGCGAGAGGAAAGAAAACUUCAUGGGAGGAGCACUGAGCAGAGAUGGGUCCAGGGAAGGGCAGGAUCAGAUGACUAUCUCAGCACCCCCUCUCUAUGUGUGGUGGAAGAGGCAUUUCCAGGACUUGGUGCUGAUGAUGCUCUCCGCUCAGACUUCUGUGGGACGUGUGCUGGUAAUACUGGUUUUCCUGUUUAGUAUUGGAUCGCUCAUCAUUUAUUUCAUCAACUGUUACAGUGCCAUACAGUUCUGCCUCUCCUUCCAAGACAGGACGAUUAAUAUUGACCUCUUCUUCAAUAUAUUCUUCCUCUUUUAUUUUGGAUUGCGGUUCUUGGCAGCAAGUGACAAGUUGAAGUUUUGGGUUGAACUUAAUUCCAUUGUGGACUUCUUUACCAUCACUCCGGUCUGUGUUUCCUUCUACUUGGAAAAGAACUGGCUUGGUUUGAGGUUCUUGAGAGCACUCAGGCUGUUAGAGCUUCCAAAGAUAUUACAGUUCCUCCAAAUCAUAAAGAGUGGUACUUCAAUCAAGCUGUCCAAACUUCUGGCUGUGUUUGUCAGCACUUGGCUCACUGCUGCAGGGUUUCUUCACUGGAUAGAGAAUUCUGGUGACCCCUGGGAAGAUCUAACCAAUUUCCAACACUUGAGUUACUUUGAGUGUUUAUAUAUGGUUAUGGUGACCAUGUCUACAGUUGGAUAUGGAGAUAUUGUGGCCAAAACUACCUUAGGGCGUUGCUUCCUCCUUUUCUUCAUCAUUGGUGGACUGAUGCUAUUUGCAAAUUUUAUACCUGAAAUAGCAGAUAUCGUUGGAAGCACUAAAAUCUACAAAGGUUCCUAUAAGGCAGUGAAAGGCAGAAAGUUUAUUGUUGUUUGUGGUGAUAUCACUCUGAACAGUGUGACGGCUUUUCUGAGAGACUUCUUAUGCCAGGACCCAGGAGAGAUCACCACUGAGAUCCUCUUUCUGGGAGAAACUGCCCCCGAACUGGAACUGGAAACUGUAUUCAGAUGCUAUUCUGCCUAUGCCACUUUCUUCCAAGGCUCAAUACUGAAGAAUGAAGAUCUGCAGAGAGUUCGGAUAAAAGACGCUGAUGCAUGUCUCAUCUUAGCUGACACAUGUUCUCCCAGGCCCUAUUUUGAGGACACUGCCAACAUCAUGAGGGUGUUGUCCAUUAAGAAUCGACACGCCAAUGUCAGAGUUAUAAUACAGAUGAUCCAGUCUUCUAACAAGGUCUACCUGCCUAAACUCCCCAACUGGGGCUGGAAAAAAGGCGAUUGUAUCAUCUGCUUUGCUGAGCUGAAGCUUGGAUUAAUAGCACAAAGUUGCUUAGUGCCAGGUUUGACCACCCUGUUGACCAGACUUUUUGUUCGGGAGAGCACUCAGACAAAAAACUUUUUACUUGGACAUUGGCAUGAAAUACAAGGCAUGGAUUAUAACGUGCUGACUGGCUAUCUCUCCAAUGAUUUUAUUGACAUGACUUUCCAAGAAGUUUGCCGAAUAUGCUUUGUGAGGCUGAACCUCAUUCUGCUUGCUGUCCAAUUCAAACAUGGUCUUCAUGCCAAUAGCAUCCUGAUCAAUCCACCUUCAACUGUUAAAAUCCAGUACAACACGAUGGGCUUUUUCAUUGCCAGAACUUCAGCAGAAGUCAAAAGAAGUUCAACAAUCUUAGAAGAAAAAACAAGCGAAGACUUGCUGGACUCCACAGGAAUGUUCCAUUGGUGUGAAGCUGUGCCUUUAGAAAAGGCCCUCAUGAUGCGGAAAAAGAAGCUCAGCCAUGUGUUGCACAACCACAUUGUCGUCUGUGUUUUUGGAGAUGCCAGCUCAUCACUGAUAGGUCUCCGCAACUUUGUGAUGCCUCUGCGUGCCAGUAACUUCACCUUUAAUGAACUGAAGGAUAUUGUCUUUGUUGGAUCCCUUGAAUACCUUCAGAGAGAAUGGGAAUUCAUCCAGAAUUUCCCUAAACUGUUUUUAUUGCAGGGCAGCGCCCUUUCCUGUGCAGAUUUGAAGGCUGUCAACAUCAAGCACUGCUCUAUGUGUGCUGUACUUUCAGCCUAUGCCAGAGACACUGGUGAUCAGACCUUAGUGGACACCAAAUCUAUCCUGGCUACCCUCAACAUCCGUUCCAUGCAGUUUAAGUUUAGUGUAUCAGCAGAAGUAGCUUCCAAUGCACAAUUCUUUGAGCAGAACAUUAAGGAAAAUGCAGGUGACUUUUACAACCGGCAUGCCACACGUUUUUCCAGAGGAACGGUAUUCUCCGACAGCUUUCUGGAUUCUCUGUUGUGUACUGCCUACUAUAAUCAUCAUGUGUUGGCUUUGCUCCAGACUCUGGUUACUGGUGGAACCACCCCACAACUGGAAGAAUAUCUGGCAGAGGAGACUUCACUGACUGGCACUUGUAACCACAUAAUGCAGUUUGCUCCUAGAAAUAGGUGCAAGCUUGCCCUAUUAUCGGUAACAGAAAAUCCAGAUUCAUUAGAUGGAAUCCUGAUCUUUUUUGGAGAUGUCUACUGUAAAGCACUUGACAUGUUUGGGAUCAUUUGUUUUGGUCUUUAUCGCAUAGAAGAGGAGGAACACAAUCCGGAAAAAAAUAGGUUUGUGAUUUCUCGGCCAUCCAACAAUUUGGAGGUUUUUGCUUCUGAUCUAUUCUUUUGCCUUGUUCCAUUCAAUACUUCAGCUACUGACCUGACCGAUGUGGUUGCAAAUAUCAUACCAAAGGGACGGAAACCAGGCUUGAGUACUGUAAAAACGCUUUGCUGAUUAUUUUUUUUAAUCAA